CAGUGAGGAGUAUAGAUGUUAUAGUUAGAGUGGACUACAGCACCACAGAAAGGCGUGAGAAGCGUGUGAAUUAAUUUGUCCAUCUCUGUAUUAUUGUCGACAUGCUGUGGAUGGGUUAGAUACCACUGCUUGAGAGCAAAAUGUUGAAGUACGUGCAGGUGUCGCCGUACCGCAGCGCCUCUGCGCUGAGCGGAGUGCGCCGCGCCGGUGAUGGCUGCGCUACUGACGACUCGACCACCCUCUCCUCUCCCUCCAACGCCCUCCACCCGGACCUCCUCUGCCUCCAGCCAUGCCUACACCUCCUCCUUGGCCUCCUCGUCCUCCGGGUCAUCCUCCGGAGGAACGGGAAGGGUGGUAGGGCGGGGGGACAGUGUCAGCCUUAACUCAUCAAUGUCAUGCUCCAGUCUGUGUCAGGACCCGUUGAGCUCAAGGUCAUCCUCGUCCACAUCCCUUCACGACACGCCCAAGGUCGUGUCACUGACACCCACUACCACCAAAUAUUCCACCACCAACACCGCUGCUACUACUAAGACCCUUACACUGGAGGAUGACUCCAGACCAGCAGAACUACAGUCAUGCCACCCCCGGGGAGACUCCAAGUUGGCCUUGAAGAUGCGACCUGGUGGCCUCAUCAGGGUAUAUGAUGGUGCACUGGUUCCUGGGUCGCAGUACAAGAGUUUACUUGUGAGCGAGAGGACCACUUGUGAGGAGCUGAUGCAUCUGGUACUUCAGUGCAACAAUAUUCAAGACAAUGUCAAUAAUUUUUCUAUAUAUGAGGUGCGCCGGAAUGAUGGACGAGAGCGCAAACUUUAUCAAGAUGAAAGGCCUUUGAGACUGACAUCUCGGUGGGCAUCACGAGACCAUGCUUGUUUUAAGGUGCGUCACACACCCUCCCUCUCACCCACACACGCCCACAUUACUUCACUCACAACCUUAAGAGCAUCCCUUAGACGCUCUUGUAUUAAGAAAACGAGUUCUAGCAUAAACCCAGAAACAAGUCCAGUAUUAUCACCACCAUCCACUUCACCUGUGGAGGUCACAUCAGACAACAUGGUACCCUCUACCACAAUUACUAUCUCCCCCAGUGGAACGUCUACUGUUACAAUUAAUACAUCAGCUACUAUCAACACUAACCUUAACAAUAACAACAUUAAUGACUUCUACAAGUCUGCAAACAACAAUGAAACUACAGAAAAUACUGAGGAGCACUGUCCAGUACCCCCUCUUAGAAGUUUACGACCAAUACCACCUCUAAGAGCAACAGUAAGACGGCAGAGUGGAAGAGAUUGGGAGGAAGUUAAUUAGAUGGAAGGUGAAUAAGGUGAGUUAAUUGAUCACUAGUUUUGUUGCAUAAAUUUAUAAGUUUGGGUAUAUCAAGUACACUAAUAGUUUUGUAAGGAUAAAAAUAUUAAACUGCAUUUGGGUCUUACUUGUGAUGUUUAAACUCAGAUGGACUCUAAACAUUAUUUUUUUGCAUAUCUUCAUUAAUGGGUGUAACUUGGCACUGUUCCAAACCAUUAUAUUGCCUUGCUAUGAUGGUGGAUUACGUGUGUAUUGUUAAUGUUGUGGAGACAAAGAACUUUGUCUAUGGAAGCAAAAAGGGGAAUGUGUGAGAGUAUAGUUAUACCAACACAUUUGUAUGGGUGUACUCACAUAAUUGUGGUUGCAGAGGUUGAGACUCAGCUCCUGGCCCCAGUGUGAAACAUGGGUGAUGAAUGUUGCAAUGAGGAGAAGGCUGGAGGCAGUGGAGAUGUCAUGUCUAAGGACAAUGUGUGGUGUGAAUAUAAUGCAGAGAAUUCGUAGUUUGGAAAUUAGGAGGAUGUGCGGGAGUACCAAAACUAUUAUCCAGAAGGCUGAGGGGUUGUUGAAGUGGUUUGGAUAUGUAGAGAGAAUGGAAUGAAACAGAAUGACUUUGAGAGUGUAUAAAUCUGUAGUGGAGGGAAGGCGGGGUAGGGGUUGGCCUAGAAAAGGUUGGAGGGAGGGGGAAAAAGGAGGUUUUGUGUGCGAGGGGCUUGGACUUCCAGCAAGCAUGCUUGAGCGUAUUUGAUAGGAGUGAAUGGAGACAAAUGGUUUUUAAUACUUGACAUGCUGUUGGAGUGUGAGCAAGUAACAUUUAUGAAGGGAUUCAGGGAAACCAGCAGGCCAG